UAUACAGUUACAAAUCAAAUGGCGAUCGUCGCAGUCGGUCGGUGCGAAAGUCUCUUUCCUUGUCCUAUUCUUGUUUAUUCAGCACUAAUGAUUCUGUUUUAUAAAUUAUGCUGACGAUACAGUUGUCCCAGUUUUGAUUAUUCUCAUUUGAACGUGGCGACCGAAGAAGUCAUUGAAAACGGAUAAUUUCAAUAUAGCAAGUUUGAGAAAUACCCUUUUUGUGAUUUCAAAAAAUUAUUAUAAUUAUAAAACGGGGUAGAAGUGUAAUAGUUGAAUAGCCGCGUGUUCAUAUACUUUAACUAUCGGAACGAUUAGAAAUUGUCGAGUGUUAUUUAAAUAUAUAACCUCAAUCUUGAUUCUUUGUGAAUACGUCAACUUUCUUCGUUCGCCUUGUGCGAGGUCUACGUUGAAGUCUAAUUGAUUUGUUAUAUAUGAUUCAACGCGAGUAUCAAAUGAACAACGGGUUUAGUACAGGAGAAGAGGAUUCUAGAGGCAAUUUGGAUCAAAUAUGUUGCCUUGUGGAUGACAACGAACGUUGCAGACAGUCCGCAGGCAAUGCCGCAUACAGCAAACGAAUACAGAAGACUGUCACUCAACGAAGACUCAAACUAAAUAUUGACCCACAGGCAAGGCAUACAUAUAUUUGUGAUUAUCACAAAAAUAUGAUACAGUGUGCCAGAACUAAACAGAGGAGACUCAAAGACUCUGAAGAUGAUAGUAAUGAAGCACUGAUGGACUCGCCUGAAGUGGAUUGGUGCCAGCUGCAGGUGCCAACACUAAGGCGAUAUAAAAGACAUUAUAAGGUUCAGACAAGACCUGGAUGGAAUAAAGCUCAAUUAGCCGAGGCUAUUCAAAAACAUUUUAAAUCAAUUCCUGUUGAUGAGAAGGAGAUCAUUACUUAUUUUAUCUAUAUGGUGAAAACAAAUGGAAAUAAGUUGGAUCAGAAAAAUGGAAUGAACUCAGAUUCAGUUUAGAGUAUACAUAUGUAUAUGAUGACUGUUAUUUAUAAAACAUUUAGUUUUAAUAUUAGCUUUAGGACAAGGUCUUCAAUUUUCCUUAAUAUUUUUAAUAAGCAUUCUAUAUAACAGAGGCAACAUUAUGAAUUGAGGAUCAUGAAUGUAUUAUUCUGAAGUAUAUUACUUCAUGCCAAAUUGUAAAUUGUAUAGAAUGCACUGAAUUUUCUGAGUGUCUUGUAUGAAUCAGUUCAUGUGGUGUGCUGCAUAAAAACAAUUUGUUAAUACCAAGAUUACACAUUAAUAUAUAUUACUUAUUUGUAAUUGUAUUCAUUCCUAAUAGAUAUUUAGUUUUACUAAUGUAUGAUGUAACAACAUACAUAUGGCCAUACUAAUUGGCAGAGUCUAUAUGAACCAACUUUGUUGGAGCUGGGUAGAUAAAUAUAGGUAUCAACUUUCAUUUCUAUUCAUUUUCGAUAACUAUGAACUUCUAGCAAAAUAAUCAUAUAACUUUAACUACAAUAUGUAACUUUUACUUUACAACAAAUCUUUGUUUCACUAACUGUUACUGUGUUGAGGGGAAUGCAAUUGCUUGUUAUAUUUAAGAGAGAUUUAUAAUAAAAAAAUUAAAAAAGUAA